AUUCCAAUGUAUUUUUCCAUUGUAUCAAAUUGUGGAAGUGGUUACUAUGACAGCAAUCAAUAGCCCUUGCAUGUACAUCAAGCAUAACUAUUGCUUAGCUUUUAUAAUUCAAUGUCUUUGACCUGUUAUAUACCUGAGAUUUUCUUUUUGUCAGAUGUGAUCCAAACUGCAAGCUAUGACUUUUGCUCUGUAAAGAAUAAUAAAUAUAAUAAUCAUGGGUAAUGAUUCCAUUGCUUUUUCUCCUGUAUGACAAUGGACCCUGGGCGAGCUUUCUAUAGGCCACCUUAUGUUAUAAAGACAAGUGCGGAAAUUAUAAAAGAAGCAAGAGCAGAAAUGGCAACUCGUCCAGUCAACACUAAACGUCCUUUCACACCUAUUGAAAGGCAAAGGAAACUUUUUGGGCCACUAAAAGCUGGUACGAGUCGACCACCCAGUGCUUUUAGUUUAAGACAAGUUGAAUUUCAAGAAGUUGAUUCUGUCAAGCUACCACCUCUAAAAGCCACAAACAGUAGUGCUAGGAUUUCAGGAAAACAAUCUCCUUGGAGGCUACCAGGAUUAGGACUUAAGCUGUCAUCUUCUCUUACAAACUUACCAGAAGAAACUGAAGCAGAACCACCAAUAGAUGUAUGGCCUGAUGAUCUUGUAAGAGAAACUCACAGCAGCCCUCAGGAGCGGACUGAAUUUUCUGAACCUAAGAAAGGAAAAGGUCAUCUUCCUCUUUCUUUAUCGUUUCCAGCAAGCCAAAAAAAUAAAAACCAUCUAAGAAAAAAAUAUAGUCAGUAUAGACCUUUGAAUAGCAGAAAUGACAGCAGAAGUAGGCUUUCUAGCAAUUAUUCUAUAAAAGAAACUGAUGAAAAUGAAGAUGUUCAAACUUUAACUUUGGAUAAUCCUGACAGAUCCAAGCAAAAGCUUUUUAAAGCUCCAAAUAUCAUACCACUUUCUGCUAAAAGAAGUUAUUUAAGUUCAGAACUAGAUGUCACUAUAGAAGACAAUAGAAGAAAUGAGAAAAAAGCUGUAGAAGCAUUUCCAAAACCAAAAGAUAAUGAAAUACUUACCCUGGUCAAUGAAAUUGACACUCUUCACGAAAGAGGUGCCAAUGAAAAUGAAUUGAACAAUGCAAUUAGUAUGCUAUAUUUGAAGUUGAAAGCCGAAGGAAACAAUAAAAUUCCAAGCAAUGAGCAGUCUUUGAUAAUCAAAGUCCUGUUUAAAUUUGUUGAAUCAGCAACAGAUCUUCUUCUACUUUAUAUAGCAAAAGUCAUGUUAGCUCUCAAGGUAAAUGGUGUGAAUUUAUUAGCUGUUACAAAACUGAUCUUCAAAGUUUCUCGAAGUGAUAAAAAUGAUUCAUUAUUUCUAGAGGGUGAUAUUCUAGAGCUAUUUGUGGAUUCACUUGGAAGGGCUAGUCCUGUUGAUGAUGCUGAAGCGUGUAUUUAUGGAUAUGGAGCACUGAAAUUUUUAACUAUGAACCAGCAGCUUCUCCUCGUUGCAUUAAAACUUGGAAUUUUAGAGCUGAUGGUUCUUCAUCUGAAAAUAGUCAAUAAUGCUAGAUUAGACCUGUUGCCAAUUCCUGAGCAGACAAGUCAUGGAAUGUUUCAACUAACUGGUGCACUGAGAAAUGUAGCAAGUGAAGAAACCACUUCCCGCCACUUUGUUCAUACUGGUGCAAUAGGAGAAUUAUGUACAUCAAUGGAACUUUUCUCGGCUGAUUUAGAUUUAAUCAGUAAUAUUGCCAGAACAAUUAGCAUUUUAUCAACACAUGAUGAGUGUUGUGAAUCCAUCAUUAAUCAUGAAAAUUGCUUUCGCUCUAUUACAAAAAUAUUGAAUAAAUACCCAGGUCGUCAAGAUAUUAUCGUUAGAUUUGGAUAUGCCCUUGGUAAUAUAAUUACUAAGAGUGAUGAUGCAAGGAUAAAGCUCUAUCAAGAACCAGGUGCAAUGUCUUCAAUUCUAAAUCUCCUUGAAAAUUACCUUGAUAAAGAUCUUGAAAUAAUGAGGGCAUCUGGACCAUACGGAGAAGGAAUAAAAAGUCCUGACUGGGCUUCUGAUGGAUCUGUAGAAGACGUCAUAGUUAAGAUGAUAAGGAUUGUUGCAAACAUGAGCAUGCAUCCAGAAGUUGGCACUGGAAUGACUUGUGCUCCUCCUGAAGACAUGGAAGACCCAACAUAUCCUGUGAAGAGGCACAAUGCAAGAGGUAUUGCCAACAUUGUAGGAUGGAGGCAAGUUUUUGGAUAUACUGUUAAUGAUUCUUCGCCGCAAAUCAGUUACUGAAAGUGAAGAACUAGUAAUGUCAGCUUUGAGUACUUUAAAUAAUUUGUCCUUCUAUUCAGACCCACAAGCCUCCACUGAAGGGCCAUUUACUAUGAGGCAGAUAGAAAUUACUCAAGUUUUAAGUACCCUUCUUCUCACAAAAAAUGAAGACAGCAUGAUAGAAGUGACAAGAGUAUUAGGAAAUUUAUCAAGAUCAAAAGAUGUUAGAGAUUACAUAUUAGAAAUUGGUGGUAUUAGUCAGCUGGUAAGAUGCUUGGAACAUGAUAAUAAAGAAUUACUGUUUACCACAACUGGGGUACUUGUUAAUCUGAUGGCUGACUGGGAUAAAAGAUUAGCUUUUAAAGAGAAUAAUGGAGUUCACAAGCUUAUAAUGGUAUUAAAAAAAACAAGUGAUGGUGACUGGAGACUGGCGAGCCUUGUUUGCCAAGCUAUUUGGAAUUUCUGCAUAGAUUCUACUCAUUUAUAUGCAGCGCUAGGUGUCCAAGCUACAAACAAUUUAUUGACUGUACUUGUUGAUUUAUUAGAUGAGGAAAAACUGUUUGGAAUUGUUGAAGGCUCUGAAGCACCAGAUUAUAUUACAGAAAGCUGUGAAUACAGACUAUGGGAACAAUUUGCAAAUGUUGCUACAAAUCUACUUGAAAAAAUUGAACAAUAUUUGGAAUCUUUGCAAGUUUUUGAUACUUGAUAAGGCUGGUUUAGGAUUCAAAUAUUAACAAUAUUUUGUUUAAAGUUUAAGAAAGUAGGCAGGUGAAACAAUUCAUCCAUAAUAGAUAAUAUUUCAUUAGGGAUUAGUUAAUUCCUUUCUACGAUAUUCUCUCAUUUUCGGAUAAUGCUUUUUAAUCUAAU